AUGAAUGAACUUGGUGUUUAUGACGUCACCGAUUUUGUUGCAUCACAUCCUGGCGGAGACAAGAUAUUAUUGGCUGCCGGCGGUUCGGUUGAACCCUUUUGGGCAUUAUAUGCACAACACAAAACGAAAGAGGUUAUGGAGAUACUGGAAGAGCUUCGCAUUGGUAAUUUGGACCCAAAAGAAGUGGAGACACCGAAGCAGAUGGACUUGUCGGAUCCUUUUUCCACGGACCCAGAGCGACAUCCCGCCCUGAUUGUCAACCAGCAGCGUCCAUUCAAUGCUGAAACUCCUCCAGCCCUAAUCAUGGAUCAUUUUCGUACUCCGAAUGAUCUGUUUUUUGUUCGAAACCAUAUGCCAGUUCCAAAGAUAGAUGUUAAAGCGCACAGACUCACUAUCGAAGGGUUAGGUAUUAAUCGACCGCUGAAGUUGUCAGUUGACCAGCUGAAAAAUAAUUAUCGUCCUGCAUCAGUUACCUCUGUGGUGCAGUGCGCCGGAAAUCGACGAGCAGACAUGAAUGAGUACAAAAAAACUCAAGGAUUGUUGUGGAAAGAGACUGCGAUAAGCAAUGCUGAAUGGACAGGCGUCAGACUGAAGGAUUUACUGUUAUUGGCUGGUGUUGAUCCAAAUGAUCAAAGAAUCAAGCAUGUCCAUUUAGAAGGAGCAGAUGUCGAUGAUACAGCAUCGAUCACUUUUGAGAAGGCAAUGAGUCCUGAGACCAUUAUUGCAUACAGCAUGAAUGGAACUGAUAUCCCUCCUGACCAUGGUGCUCCGUUGAGGUGUGUGGUGCCGGGAGUUGUUGGCGCUCGUCAAGUUAAAUGGUUGAAGACUAUACGUCUCAGCGAAGUUGAAAGUCCUAGUCACUGGCAACAAAAGGAUUACAGGCAAGUUUUGAGUUGCAAAUGUGAAUUUGUGGCAUUUUCUCCUGGAGUUGAUUUUGGUGACAAGCUGGAUUGGAAAUCUGUGCCAGCAAUUCAAGAAUAUCCCAUACAGAGUGCUUUUUGCAUUCCAGCUCCCGGUACAAAAGUUGAAAGAGGUCCCUUAGACCUCAUCCGUUCUUGCACAUUAGCCCCAGCCGACUUUAAACUGCUUAUUACAGCAGAAGGAACCAUUGAUGUUGCUGGUUAUGCGUGGAGUGGUGGUGGUCGAGGUAUCAUUCGAGUCGAAGUGAGCGCCGACGACGGUAAAACGUGGCAAAGUGCUGAAUUAGAACAAGAUCCACAGCAAGAUCUAGAUCAUAUGUGGGCAUGGACGUUUUUUCGCACUAGUAUCACGAUUCCAGAUGGAGUCGACAAAGUUGAACUAGUGGUGAAAGCGACAGACCGAGCUUACAACACGCAACCAGAAACACCAGCUGGGAUUUGGAAUUUGAGAGGCUUGCUUAAUAACGCAUGGCACAGAGUGGAGGUGAAAAUUAUUGAUUGA